AGCAGUCAAGUGCGACCAGCCAGCCCAUACAGCAAGCAACAAAGGUGCUCCCGGGCAGGAUGGCUCAAGAACGUCUGAGCAACGAGAAAUUUCUCUCCGGCCUUGCGCAGCUAUUCAACUCAACCCACAGUCAGGCCCAUGGCUCGGUGUUCCUGACUCAAAAGCCUCUGUCUACCGAAAUCCCUUCUUCACAAAUAUUGAUCCGCGCCACAAAUGGCCUCUCGAAAGCGCAUCGCACGCCGAAGACGAAGAGCACGAAACUCAGACUUGCGACUGUCGUCGAAACGGCCGGUUUAGACACAUUCUACACCCGGUACGCCGAAGUAUGCAAAAAGGGUAUGGAGGCUCUAAGGAAGAGAGAUAAGAAGAAGGCCAAGGAGAAGGCGAAAGCCAAGAAGAAGAAUAAAGGAACAGGUGCUGCUGCUGCCGGUGCGCCGAGUUGAGAUGGAACGAACGAACGAUCUUUCACGACUAGACACCGUACACAACAUGGACGAAAGACAUUGAGCAAAUGGACUUGCCGCUUUCUAAAGAAGCCACCCGUUACCGACGCAACAGGCACACAUGCGAGAAAAUAAUUUCGAAAGGUCCACCGGCCCAUUUGUACACGCCGGCUCUGUUCAUGGCUGAUCGAAGCAUAUACAUCCAGCCGCGAUGGGGACGAUCAAGCAUGAAUAGGAAGGGACUAUCUACCGAUACCCAAUAGAAGGCGGCACGGUCAACGAUGACCACCUGGGCGACUUCAAGCUAAAACCAUGUGCUAGUGCGAGAACGCUAGAAUGGAACAUCGAACGGAGGACAAGAUUUUCAAUUGCUCAUAGAUGUGGGGGAAAUGGACAGUCAUGUUUUAUGCAAAUCUGUUCUCUCUGGCCUGAGUAUACCUACAUAGCUAGCAAAAUAAAUUUCCACCAUACUUG